AUGACGGACGCCAAGACCACAUCGUGGCUCAAAGCUGAGCUAGUGAGCGAGUUAGGCUUUGCGGAGGUUGAUGAGAUCGUACAAUAUAUCACAACUUCAUUUCACACUCAUGAAGAAAUAUCGAGUUAUCUCAUCGAGCUGUUAGGCAUUCCGGCCAAGCGUGCAGAGCAAAUAUGCACGCGAUUACUUUCAACCCUACCGUCGGUCCCGAAACUUGCCAGUAUGAACGCAGCGGCUGCAGCUGUGGCUGGGAAACAGGAAAAAAUGAUUCUAAGGCCUAAAUUAGUAAAUUCGCGCUCAAAACCUAGCAAGAACAGCAAGGGUGCUGCGUCGGAUCUACUUAAUAACUCGUGUAUUAUUAAUUGUAUACUAUGCGGUCUCAUUGAGUACAACGGCGCUCGCCGAUGCGCACAUUGUGACACAGAGCUAUAUUAUCAGGCCGGUGUAUUUCUGGACGACGAGGCCACACGGCAACAGAUGGGGGAGCAUAUACGGCUUGACGAGCCAGAUGCCCAGUACCCACCAGUACUUAAAGGAGAACAGCAUUUUUAUGAUGAGGAGGUCGUGGGAAAGGAUGCUCAAAUCGGCAAUGCAGGACAUUUUAUAACAAUACCACUGGACCCGAACAACCGGCAAGUGGAGGUCAAGAUAUCGCGUAAUGAGCAGCUCGCCACUGAUGCGCGCGAGUUGGUGGAAAGUAUUCAGCGCAAAAUGAGCAAGACUAGAAGUGUCAAUAGUAAUUCUGCCAAGCAGGCUGUGGCUCUUAGCGAGGCACUUGUAGUCGUGGACGAUUCAUACAACUUAAUCUAUGUGUAG